GGCGUGGUGAUGGCCCGGGAGUGGGACACACUCAGAGGAUUUGCAGAACCUAGGCUGGAAGGCACUAAUCCUGCACUUAUCCAGGUCGCCAUAGUCACAGGAGAAGCCGGGGCAGGCACAGACUGCUAGUGACACGGCAGCAGCAUGGCAGAGGCCGCAGUUGGUGAGCAGCUGGCAGGGUCCGACCUGCAUCACAUGGACAGCGUGCACCGAGCAACCGACGGAGCGCAUCAAUCAGGGCAGGGGAGAGACAAACUGGGGCUGACCAAUGGCUGUCGGGGAGAUGGAGGUAACAUGAUGGACUGUCACACACAGGUGCAAGAUGCCAGUGAGAAGCAAGAGAAUGUGAUCCCAAAUGUAGAGGAGGAUACAGGGGAGCAGGGUGCUGUGCACCCCAAUGUAGAGGAGGGUGUAGAGGUGAAGCAGGGUGCUGUACAACCCAAUGUAGAGGAGGGUGCAGUGGAGAAGCAGGCUGCUGUACACCCCAAUAUAGAGGAGAGUGCAGGGGAGGAGCAGGGUGCUGUGCAUCCCAGUGUAGAGGAGAGGAGUGCAGGGGAGAAGCAGGGUGCUGUGAGCCUCAGUGUAGAGGAGGGUGUAGAGGUGAAGCAGGGUGCUAUACACCCCAAUGUAGAGGAGGGUGCAGUGGACAAGCAGGGUGCUGUACACCCCAAUGUAGAGGAGGGUGCAGGGGGGAAGCAGGGUGCUGUGAGCCUCAAUGUAGAGGAGGGUGUAGAGGUGAAGCAGGGUGCUAUACACCCCAAUGUAGAGGAGGGUGCAGGGGGGAAGCAGGGUGCUAUACACCCCAAUGUAGAGGAGGGUGCAGGGGGGAAGCAGGGUGCUGUGAGCCUCAAUGUAGAGGAGGGUGCAGGGGGGAAGCAUGAGGUUGUGAACCCCCAAAGUGUGGAAGAUUCGGGAGAGAAGCAGGAGGGUGUUAGCCCAGCAGUAGGAAAGCAGGUCACAGUCAUAGGACCCCCUGAUGUAAAAGGCAGUGAUGAAUCCUCAGCAGAGGGGGUCGAGGAUCAGGGACUUGGCGAUCCUACCCUGAACAACACAGCUGAUAAAGGGAGCACAGAGGAAGGUACAGGGGACCAGGAUGAGAAGGAGGAUGAGAAAAAGAGCAGUAGUGAGAGCAGUGAAGGGACAUCCAGCAGUGAUGAGGAGGAGGAAGAUGACAAGAAGGAGGGAGAUCAUGCUGAAGGUAUAGAAGGAGCAGAUAACACAGAUGAAAAACAAAAUGUGGAGCAGGGAGAGGAAGGGGCUACAGAUGAGGUUGGACAAGGAAGUAUUGCUGUAGGGGAGACUGAGGAUGGAGCUACGGGCCAGGUAGAACCAGUAAGUAGUGCUGGAGAGGUUGCAGAAGAAGGUGCUGGCCAGGUAGAACCAGGGACUAGUGCUGGAGAGGUUGCAGAAGAAGGUGCUCAGCAGCUAGAACCAGGGACUAGUGCUGGAGAGGUUGCAGGAGAAGAAGGUACUGGCCAGGGAGAACCAGGUACUAGUGCUGGAGAGGUUGCAGGGGAAGAAAGUACUGGCCAGGUAGAACCAGGGACUAGAGCUGGAGAGGUUGCAGGGGAAGAAAGUACUGGCCAGGUAGAACCGGGGACUAAUGCUGGAGAGGUUGCAGAAGAAAGUACCGGUACUCGCCAGGAUGAACCAGGAACUAGUGCUGGAGAGAUUGCAGGGGAAGAUGGUACUGGCCCUGUAGAAUCAAGGACUAGUGCUGAAGAGGUAGCAGGGAAAGGAGAUAAUGGCAAGGUAGAACCAGUGAGUAGUACUGGAGGGGUAACUGAAGCUGGAACUGCAGAGCAGGUAAAACUAGAGAGUAGUGCUGGAGAGGUGACAGAAGCUGAAGCUGCAGAGCAGUUAGUGCCAGGAAGUAGUGCUGCAGAGGUAGCUGGACAGGUAGAACCAGUGAGUAGUGCUGAAGAGGUGGCAGGGGAAGGAGGUACUGGCCUGGUAGAACCAGGGAGUAGUGCUGGAGAUGUAACAGAAUCUGGAGCUACAGAGCAGUUACAACCAGGGAGUAGUGCUGGAGAGGUAACUGAAGCUGGAGCAGCAGAGCAGUUAGAACCUGACAUUAGUAUUGGAGAGGUAACUGAAGCUGGAGCUGCAGAAAAGUUAGAACCAGAGAGUAGUGCUGGAGAGGUGACAGAAGCUGGAACUGCAGAGCAGUUAGUGCCAGGAAGUAGUGCUGGAGAGGAAGCUGGACAGGUAGAACCAGCUGUUGGCACAGGAGAGGGUGCAGGUGAUGGAGCUAUUGGACAGAUAGAACCAGGUAAAAAUGCUGAAGAGGAGACAGGAGAUGUAGCUACAGGACAUGCAGAACCAUUAAAUGGUGCUGGAGAGGAGGCAGGUGCUUUGAUAGGGAAUCAGGAAGCUAAAGAAAGUGAGUUAGAAGAAGCAAACGGGGAUGAAAAUUCAAAAGUAGUCCAAGCUGAUGGGGAAUUGGUGCAGGGAGCAAGUGCAGCGCAAGAGGAGGACAGUGCAAACCAGAAAGAAGGAACAGAGGAGAAGUCAGAGGAAAUAGCUGGACCUGCGACAGAUGGACAUCUGAAUACAGCAGAAAUCUCUGGAAGUGUAAUAGAAGAGAGUCCUGUCCUGGAAGAGUCACCUCAGCAGGGACCUGAGGACCAUGCUAAGACAGCAGAGGAGACCCAGCCAGUUACUCCUGCUGGUGGCACAGACACCGGCGAUGGAGGUAUGAUCAGGGAAAAUGGUGUGGCCCAAACAAUCAGCCCCGACACCCCAUUGGAGGACAGUACAAUACUUCAGGACCAUGACAUAUCCUUGUUUGUUAAGGCCGGGAGUGAUGGUGAAAGUAUUGGCAACUGUCCCUUCUCUCAGCGGCUCUUCAUGAUCCUCUGGCUGAAAGGUGUAAUAUUUAAUGUCACCACCGUGGAUUUGAAGAGGAAACCUGCAGAUCUACAGAACCUUGCACCAGGAACAAACCCGCCGUUUAUGACCUUUGAUGGGGAGGUGAAAACCGAUGUGAAUAAAAUAGAGGAAUUCCUGGAAGAAAAAUUAACAGUGCCAAGGCAUCCUAAACUUGCACCAGUACACCCAGAAUCCAACUCAGCUGGAAAUGAUGUGUUUGCAAAAUUCUCAGCCUACAUAAAAAAUCCCAAGAAGGAUCUAAAUGAAACGUUAGAAAAAAACUUACUGAGGUCGUUAAAGAAACUCAACGACUUUUUGAAUUCCCCGCUGUCUAACGAGAUUGAUGCCUAUUCUACCGAGGAAAUCACCGUCUCCAACAGGUCAUUCUUGGACGGGAACGAGCUCACUCUAGCCGACUGCAACCUGUUACCUAAACUCCACAUAAUUAAGGUGGUUUGCAAGAAGUUCCGGAACUUUGAUAUCCCGGCAGAAAUGACUGGAAUUUGGAGAUACCUACACAAUGCCUAUGCCAGAGAUGAGUUCACUAAUACAUGCCCAGCAGACUAUGAGAUUGAAUUUGCAUAUUUUGGUGUCGCCAAAAAAAUGAAUCCAUAAAACAGCUUUUUUCCCUGUAUACAAUAUCCUACAUGCAGUAUUUUUUCUAAAGGGGUUAUUUGCCCCAGCUACAGAAACUGGGGCAGAUACGUGAUACAGAACAUCAGUGUUUGGGCCAGCAGCUGUGGCACCGCGGGGACUGUUCUGUAUCACAGAGGCCGGGGCUCUGACUAGGGGGGUGGGGAACCUUGGUUAAAACAUUUUACUUGGUAGUAGUGCCGCCUUAAGUACAUCCAUCACAUAUAGCGGAGGCAGCCAUUUUAUAAGCCUGCUGUUCCGGAGAAUGCUUGUUAUUAAUUUGGUAUUAAUGCACACAGUUUGGUAGUGAACUGACAUGCUGCACUCAAUGCAAGGUUGUUUUAAAUAUACAGGCUGCAAGUUCAGGGUUUUAUUGGACAGUUCACAAAAUGGCUUCCUCCACUGUGUGUUGGAGUAGGUUGGUACACUUGGUGAGAACAUAGUUAACAGCAGUCCCUAAAUUCCAGGGACAGUCUCAGAAUUUGAAGAUUUGUUCCUUGGAAAUGUCUCUAUUUUUCAAGAACAACCAAAUGCAUAAUACAAUUGACUUAUUUCUUUAUGUAAUGUGCCAUUUUGACGAUCGACUCUUGUUCAUUGGCAAUUAUAAAUGUAAUAUUCAUUAAAGGUGAUUUAAAGUGCACGUUUUUUCAUCAGCAGCAGGCAUUCCUCAGGAUUAUGUUAGUAGCAUAUUACACAGAAUAUGUUAUUGUCUAGAGCAGGGGUUCUCAAACUCGGUCCUCAGGACCCCACACAGUGCAUGUUUUGCAGGUAACCCAGCAAGUGCACAGGUGUAUCAAUUACUCACUGACACAUUUUAAAAGGUCCACAGGUGGAGCUAAUUAUUUCACUUGUGAUUUUUUGAGGAGACCUGCAAAACAUGCACCGUG